AUGGGUGCAUCCCUUGGGGGCGAGCGAAAUGUUCGCCUGCUGUCACCAGAGAUUGCAUCACCGACCUAUCUGCAGCGGGACAGGGUUGAGAGGGAGCCUCAGACGACGGAAGAUCUCUGCGCUGUGUGCCUCAGCGAGCUCUCGCGGGCGAAAUGCUUCCAGCUUCCGGGCUGUGGACAUCGCUUCCAUGCCCUCUGCAUUGCCUCCGCCUUCCAGAUCCAGCAGCUCUGCCCGCUCUGCCGCGUAGUGGUCGAUGAUUCAACCUGCAUGGAUGUGGCGCGCAGCCUAUUCGCCGGAGCGGGUCCACAUGGUGCAAGCUUUGCAGCUGAGCUGCUGUCGGAGCUGGGCAGCCGCUUACGCACGGUCGAGACAGAGCUCAGCGUGGAGGAGACGGUGGCUGCGAUCCAACGCUGCGCCAAGCAAGGGGACGACUCCAAGAUUCCGAUGAUCGCCACCCUCCUGCAGGCGGCGCCGAGCGGCUCGGAAGGGCCAGCUGCAGUGCAGGAGCUCGAAGUGAGGCUAGCGGCGGUACAGGCGCUCAGAACGCUGGUGCCGGCCUUCCCAGCUCAGUGGCCAGGCUGGCAGGCCGUCCGUGGACUUCUUCGUGAGGUCGCCUGUGAGGCAGGCGCUGCUGAGGAGCUCCGCCUCUCGGCCGUGCAGGCGCUGAAGGAGGUCAGCCGGCGGGACGCCCGCGAUGAAGCUCUGUCAGCUGCCCGAUUAUUGCUGGAGGAUCCCAGGACCAGCCGCGAGCUCCGCCUCGCUGCCGGAGGCAUCCUCCAGGCCAUCGCGGCGCCUGACGACUUGGAUACGGCUCGCCUAGCGCUCGUGGCUCUCCAUGAGCGGUACAGCUGCUCCCUUCGUGCCCAUGCAGCACAAGCGCUGCGAACGAUCGCAGGGCCACGGGGUGCUUGCAACGGAGCGAUACUGGCAGGGCUCUCCGACCUGGUGCGAACUAGCGACUUUCCCGAGGUGAGGUGUGAAGCUGUGCAGCUUCUGGGUCAGCUGGAUGAUUUCGGCGGAGACGCAGGCAUGACCGCGUGCACUGCCGCUCUGGACGAUGCAGAGGAGGAGGUGGCGAGGGCAGCAGUGCAAGCCAUCUCGGCCCUCUUCCCCCCAGAGCCGAGUCAGGCAUCGGAAGAGGCGCUUCGGGGCCUCCUUGCGAAGUUGACUCCGGAUGCGUGCUUUGGGCAGCUGCGCUGUGACAUUUUGCUGGUCCUGCCGCGCUUGGCAGUGUGUGAUCGCUCGCGCACAGCAUCAGCAGCUGCUGCUUGUCUUCUGGAUCCGGACCUGUCUGUGAGCAACGCGGCGGUGCAGGCCAUUCGGAAACUCUGCCAGCGCGGUGAUGCGACCCUCGAAGAAGAGCUGUUGAGAUAUGCCACGCACGAAGAUCUGGAGAUCCGCCGAACUGUGGUGGAGCUUCUCGGCCUUGUGGCCUCGCGCGGAGGCCCGGCAGUUUCUCGAGCAGACAUCUAG